AUGGCUACUGAAGGAGCCCCCGUGCAGAACAGUGCAGCUUCAGAUCGAGACACUGCCCAGCUAGUCAAGGAACAUUCGCAUGCAUUCCAGAACAGAUUAAACACAACUCAAACGGAUAGCCCACCUCUUGCCCAAACAGAAAACUCCAAUAUAGACACCGACCCGCUGAAGGCAGCGGAAGGGCUUGAGACACCCAAGCCCACCCCAGAAACCAAGCCGCCUGUGACAGAGCCUAAAGGAUCUGCUCUCGGCAGUAUUCCUGUUGCCCGUGAGUCCCAAAUCCCAGUAGGGCCUAAGGAUGAAAUAGUGGCGGGCGAGAAGCGUGACAUUGAUUCAACUGUGACGCCCACUCCGGCUCUGGCUGAGGAUGAGGAGCAACGAAAGCCUGAACCGUCGGAUGAGCCUGAUACCAAGAAGCUGAAGACAGACGAGAAGCCUGUCACAAAUUCUAAUGGCACCGCUGCUGUUGCUCCCUCCAACGCAGACAGUGGAGGGCAGAAGAAGGCAAGUCGGUCUAAGAAGGAUAAGAUCAAGGAUGCCGUGAACAAGGUUAUCCCAGGAGAUGGCAUUGGUAGCCGGACUCGCAGCCGGACAAAGGGAGCUUGA